UCUCACUUUGAUCUCUUCUCUACUCAUUCAUUUCUCCUUUCACUAUAUUCAUCUCUCCUCUCUCCUCUUUCCUCCUCUCUGCUUUAUCCUCUUUCCUAUCCCUCUACUCAUUCAUUUCUCCUCUCUCUUCACUCAUCUCUUCUCUCUCCUCUCCUGUUUCCUCGGUCAGCUCAACCUUCUCCUCUUUUUUUUCCUCUGCCUGUCAUUCGUCCACUUUUCCUUCAGCAUUCGACUUUGUCUGCGACCACGCGUCUCGUGGACGGCCUCCUCGAGGCCGGCUACGCUCAACUGACUUUGCCGGUGCUGGCUUUGCAGGAAGUCUUGACGCGUGCCUCGUUCUGGUCGUGCGACUCGGACGGCUCGAGCCCGCCACCGGCAGCUGAGCAUAGUUGGCCGGGCACCGUCUGCCCAGCCACAAAUCUGCUCGUCAGACUGAAGAGUAUGCAGGUGUGCUGCAUGCUGGGACUGGCAAAAGGCAUCACCUUCCAUCAGCAAGCGCUGGAGACUUUAACGCCAAACGAGGAACAGAUCUCCGAAGCCCUUUCCUUCCGAGUUGAGAGAGACGGCCUCAACAAACGAGCUGAUGUGAAGCGGAAGCAUUGCAAAACGCCUCUCCGCUUGUUGAGAAUGGCACUCUCUUGGAUCGGGUUGGCCGAAGAACUGGUACUUCUUGGUCAAGAAGCCCCCGCCGAGCGCUUCUUGAAGGCCGCCCAUCUCAUCCUGCCCUCAACCAGCCUGACUGAGGUCACUGCCGCGCACUACAACGCCAAAGAUAUUUGUACCCUCAUAGUGUCUAUCCAUUCACUGUUUGCCCAUUUAUGUCCAUCUAGCCAUCCUGCAUAA